UGAGACGAAGCAAACCUAAAUUCAAACACAAAAUGAUCGCUAAAGUAGCCGUCGUCUUGGCCCUCGUGGCGUUGGUAUCAGCCGGAGUAGUCCCGGUUGGAUACGGUGGUUACGAACAAGGCGCAAUUGCUUACGCACCCGUCCAACAAGUCGCCCAAUAUGGAGGCUAUGAUGACAGACACGUUGACUACCAUGCACACCCCAAAUACGACUACUCUUACUCUGUAUCUGACCCUCACACUGGUGACCACAAGACCCAGCAUGAGGUCCGUGAUGGUGAUGUAGUAAAGGGAGAGUACUCCUUACUUCAACCAGACGGCACCUUCCGUAAGGUCACUUAUACCGCCGAUGACCACAAUGGCUUCAACGCGGUAGUUGAGAACAGCGGGCCAUCCCAACACCAAUACUAGUUAUUAUCAAUAAUGGUGGCGGCACGCCCGCCAUACACCCAUGUGAUAUUAAACCUUUAAUACUUAUGUAGAUAGUCUUUGGUCAAU